GAACCUAUGGUGAGAAGAUCCAACAGCGGGCGGACCUCAAGCGCAAACACGCGCGCCAGUACGCUUGUGAGGUUACUGACAACAGCCAUGGCCCUUCAAUGGCCCCUUCGUCUCCUUCGUGUACUUCACGUCCUACAUGGAAUAUAGAGACGUGUCCUGUUUUGUGGCCUCACCGACCCGAUUUCAGAAAACACCAAAGCCCUAGCUAGAGGCCUAGACACGGAAGACCUUAAAGACAGACCCAAUUCUACUUUCGUCUUCUGCUUCGCCAUUUUCAGUACCACAUAAACCUUGAGAAUCAGGGGUUUUAAGGGUGUGAUUCCUGUUAUAGCAUGAGUAUGCGGGAGCUAAGGGCAACUCCUAUAACGUACACGAGGAACUCACGUCGGAGGAAGGUGGCACUAGAUUUGGAUCUCAAUGUUUUGCCACCGAGUGAGCACCGGGACCAGGAGAGGACUUCGGUUCAUGGUGGGCCUCAUGAUGUGCAAGCUGGUCAACAAGACAUUAACUUACUCCCUGCAGCGAUUGAUCUUGAAGUGCUUGAUGAUGAUGUAAUCAUAUCUUCUCCCAGGGCAUUUGCAGAAGCUAAAAACAAUUCCAGGAGGAAUCAUGAAAGGACUGUUGUGGUUGAUGUAGAUUCUGGUAGUUCAGAAUUACUUGCUGAAGAGGUGCUUCUUUCUUUAGGCCAACGCGUACUGCAAUCAGAAGAAUGGUCAUCUAGGUUGACACUUAAUAACCGCCACAAGCGUAGAAGAGGUUCUGCGAACCAGACAAUUAUAAAUUGUGACCACUACAUAAACUUGGAAGGAAGUAGCAACUAUAUGAAAGAGAAUGCGAGGAAUGUGGCUCCACCUCCACCACCACCGCCAAAAGAGCCUACCUUUAACUGUCCUGUUUGCAUGGGUCCAUUAGUUGAGGAAAUGUCAACAAAAUGUGGUCAUAUUUUUUGUAAGGUGUGCAUUAAGGCUUCAAUAGCUUCUCAGAGAAAAUGCCCCACAUGUCGGAGGAAAGUCACCAUGAAAGAUACAAUUAGGGUCUACCUGCCUGCUGCCAGUUGAGUGCAAGGUGUUUGGCUUGGACUUCUCUGGCUUGAAGUAGGAGUGUUCAUAGAGGCUGCUUUGGUGAGUUGACCAUCGGUGUGUCAUUUUUUAAACUUAUUACUCAGGAACUCAUAGUUUUAACGGUUAGAAAAUGAAGUCCUUGGGCGUAUAGAGUUGGAGUCGUAGAAACAGCUUCUUUGCAAUACUAGGGUAAGACUGAGUUCAUUUGACCCUCUUUCCAUCUUGCUUGGGCUGCUCUUUUUGAAGAAAGCGAAGUGCCUAUAGUCAUUUAGGGUUUUGGUCUGAAAAAUCAGUCAGGGGUUGAAGUAAUCUGUGUUUUGGAUAUCUAAGCACCUCGAAGAAGAAAACUUGUGAAGCCCUCCCCUACUUUAAAGCUGCCUCUUCACUUCCUUUUACUUAUUUUACUUGAUGUAUAUGUCUUCUAAUAUACUAGCAAUAAUUCCGUACAGGAAGAUACAUUGUAAUACGAAAAAUUAUUAUUGAUUGUGCAA